AUGGUCAAGGCAAUUGCCGCCGUCGUUGUAUUGCUGCUACCCCAUUUGGGAUGCUCCUUUCAACCGGCCCUUCGAAGCGCUGUGUUGGUCCAGUCACCCACCCCAUCGUCCACUCGAUUGAUCACAACCACCGAGGCGACCGUCACGGCUGGAGAUUGGUACGGUGACGCUGAAAAUGCCAAUGGUGAUCGGCUGUUUGAACCCAUUGGAAGGGGAAUCAUUCGAGAUUACAAGGCCCGAUUGCCAUUGAUGGUGUCGGAUAUCAAGGAUGGACUCAAUGUGCAAUGCUUGGCCGCCACCAUGUUUUUGUUCUUUGCCUGUCUGGCUCCUGCCAUUGGAUUCGGAAGUCUGUUUAAUGUCGCUACCGAUGGAGCCAUUGGAGUCAUGGAAAUGGUCAGCUCCACUGCCUUUUGUGGCAUUGCCUACGCAUUGACCAGUGCCCAACCCUUGACCAUUAUUGGCAGUACCGGUCCCGUUCUGGCAUUUGUGGCUACCGUGUACCAAUUGGCCGUUUCCUUGAAUCUACCCUUUCUACCCCUCUACGCCUGGACGGGAUUGUGGACUUCGGGGAUUCUCUUUGCGUCGGCCAUUACUUCGGGAUCCAAUCUUGUCAAGUACCUGACGCGCUUUACCGAUGAAAUCUUUUCCACUCUGAUUAGUGCCAUUUUUGUAGUGGAAGCCUUUUCGGAUGUGGCAGGAACCUUUUCCAACCCAGCAUCGACCUUUACCAAGGCACUCCUGACAGCUGCUUUUGCAACUACAACCUACACUAUGGCAGGGGCCCUAAAGGGCCUACGAAAAAGUUCAUUUUUCACUCGGCGCAUUCGCAACACCAUUUCCAACUUUGGACCGGCCAUUGGGGUCGUGUCAGCCACCUUGUUGGCACGUUGGGCUCGCAUCUCCCAAGGCGCUGCCGUCGCAGGACUGCCCUCACUCGCCAUGCCUACAACCUUUGCCACCACAUCGGGUCGUCCCUGGUUGGUCCCCUUGUUGGAUUUGCCCAUGUGGGCUCGCUGGGGUGCCUUCCUUCCCGCCCUCAUGGCGACGGUACUGCUAUUCCUAGAUCAGAACAUUACCGUUCGAUUGGUGAACAAUCCUCGUUGGAAAAUGGAAAAGGGACGUCGCAAGGGAAAUGUCUUGGAUGGGAUGCACGCGGACAUGAUGGUCGUUUCCAUCUUGACAGCCAUUCAAUCCGUCUUGGGGAUUCCGUGGUUGGUGGCCGCCACGGUCCGAAGUUUGUCUCAUGUCGGAGCCUUGUCGAAAUACGAUUCCAAUGGCAAGGUUGUGGGAACCAUUGAACAACGUGUCACGGGUGUCGCUAUUCAUUCCUUGAUUGCUUGCUGUGUCUUGUUUAGCAAACCACGUCAAUUGUUGACCAAUGUCCCCUUGUCGGUGUUGAUGGGAUUGUUCCUGUACUUGGGAACCAGCUCUCUGCCGGGCAAUGAAAUGUGGGAACGCAUUGUUGGUCUCAUCAAGGAUCCCACGGUGGCACCCAAGGAACGAUGGACGGACAAGGUCCCACGCAAUACCGUCAAUUUGUUUACAGGUAUCCAAGUGGCCUGUUUGGCAGCGACAUUUUGGCUCAAGGAGAGCAAGAUUGGAGUUCUGUUUCCCAUUGUCAUUGCCUUGCUGGCGCCAAUCCGAUUUGGAUUGGAAAAGAGUGGUAUUGUCAAGAAGGAAUACAUGGAUGUGUUGGAUGAAGAGUAA